CCUGAAAAAUUCAACGAUAAUUUAUUUGCGUACCGAGAUAUGUGUAUUAUUUGAGCUACAUUUGACCGUGAAAGGUUGAUUGAUAUCUGUCCGCGGUCUAAUCUGUACGCUAUAUAAAUGAAGCCGUUCCGAUUAGUUAUAUUAAAAACUUUUGAAGAACAAUGUCGUCGACGGUUGAAAAAGGUGCGGACAUCGACGAGGCGCUAACCUCCAAGCCGUUUAAAACGUUGAAAGAACUCUACGACGGCGUAGAUAAUCUACCCGAAUGGCCGAAGAUACAAGAAUUGAGAAAAUCAACCGACUAUGUUUACUCGGGAAAAAAUAUCAACAACGUCAAGCUACCGCUGGAAAAAUUUCCGAGAAAUGAGAAGCCGAAAACGCUCGUAUGUCACGACAUGAAAGGCGGUUAUCUGGAUGACAGAUUUGUCAACGGAAGCAAAGCUCACGAUUCGUAUGUCUUCUACCACUGGAGUGUGAUCGAUACAUUUAUAUACUUCAGUCAUUACUUUGUAACCGUACCACCCCAUGGCUGGAUUAACGCUGCACAUAUUCACGGUGUUAAAAUCUUGGGCACAAUUAUAACGGAGUGGACAGAUGGAGCCAAAAUUUGGGAUGAAAUAUUCAAAUCCGAAGAUGAAGUGAAGAAAUUUGCAGACGCCUUGAUAGCGGUAGCCAAAUUUUACAAAUUUGACGGAUACCUAUUGAAUGUGGAGAAUAAGAUCGAUAAAAAGGACGUGGACAAGCUGAUAUUUUUUGUCAAAUAUCUGACAGACAAUAUACACAAGGAGUUGGAGGACUCAGAAAUCAUUUGGUACGACAGCGUAACCUGCACCGGAAGUCUAACAUGGCAGAAUCAAUUGAAUGACUCAAACAAAUGCUUCUUUAACGUAUGUGAUGGGAUAUUUCUGAACUACAACUGGUCUGAUAAAAGCCUAAAAGAAAGCUGUGAAAAAGCGAUCAGCGAGAACCGUAAUGUCAGAGAUAUCUACGUGGGUCUAGAUGUGUGGGGUCGAGGGUGUCCAGGGGGCGGUGGUUUCAACUCAGACUAUGCCCUACGAAAAAUCAGAGAGCACGAUAUGUCCGUUGCUAUAUUUGCUCCAGGUUGGACUCACGAACAUUUUGGUCCGAAAACAUUUGUGGAUACCGAAAAUGUUUUCUGGGCCCAACUGGUUCCCUAUCUCUACAUCCACGUACCUUUGUUCAACGGGGAAAUAUUCCAAACAUCUUUCUGUCAUGGCGCCGGAUUAAAUCAGUACAAUCAGGGUCGGCCCAAGUGCGAGGAUUAUACCGCAGAAGAUUGGUUCAAUAAAGACACACCGUUCUUCAACUUGAGUGCACAGUGUCAUCAACUAUCUGUGCCAGCACCUGAGUUAGAGUUUUUCAAAGAGCCGGAAGCAAUUACAAGCUCGUGUAAUAUAGAUUCAAAUUUACUCAACAAAAAUGAAACCACGGUGGAAAAAGUUGAACCGGAAAAAAAGCUUGCUAAAUUUGAAACAAAAAGAAACAUCGUAAGAGUGGAAGGCAGUACCAUAUGCUUUGAUGUCAAAGAUAAUAUCUGCAAUAUAAAUUACUUCCAAUCUUGCACCCAAUGUUCAUAUAAUGGUGGGAGAUGUUUGGAAUUGAUAACGCAAAACUGUGAACUCUAUCAUAGGCUUUUCUUGAUCGAAGCUACUUUUCCUCAUGAGAUUCAAGUGAGCCUGGUGUAUCGCAUUGACAUUCGCAUCCCGGAGCUAACAGAGCCAUUGUUGGUCAUCGGGAAUGAUGAGAAUUUGAAACUGGUCAAGAAGUACAAAACCGAGGAAUUGCACUUUCCAUGGAAGCGGAACAUAUAUCUGACGGGCUUCAAGGGCAUCACCCAGAUCGGUGUAGCGGCAUCCCAAAAGGGGAUAACUACUCUGGGGGAAAUCAUCAUAGAGCAGAAGCAACCUGGCUACCGUGAUUUGGAGGAAUUUACAGCGUUGAUAUCCGACAUUAACUGUUAAAAAUUAAAAAGAAAAGUGACAGUGACCUAUUGAGGUUUUUAUCGAUUGGCUUGUAAAAUACGAUCAACGGGACUACGGUACUGCACAUUCCAAGAAUACUUGCCAAUCUUUAUUCGAGACCAGCAGAUGUUAUUUCAUAAUAUACAGUUUUCUGUACAUAAAUAUCACGAAUAAUAAUUGUAUAAAUAAUCCUUGUAAACUACGGCUAUAUUAUCGAUUACGCAAACAACUAGUUGUAAAAUUUUUUCUACUGAUAUAUUUCUAAUGAUGCAAUAAAUAAUAUCACAUACUUGACGAGAA